UUUUUUGCAGUGUUGGGAUCAUGGAACAAUGAAGUCCACUAAUGAAUUGCUUCCACUGAACCCUUCCAAUGCAUGCCCUCAUUAUGUUCAACCAUGGCAAUACCACCAAACCAACCAUCACCAGCUCCAUCAUUAAACCCUCUGAGAAAACCCUUGGUUAGGGUUUUACUCCUCACCGUCAUCUGCUCCCUCUCCUACUUCCUUGGCUUCUACAAAUCCAUCACUCCAACUCCCCCUCAAUCCCCACCUUGUCUUCUUCACCUCAAAAACCUCACCACUACCCCCCAAAACCCACCUCAACCCCUCAACUUUGAACCCCACCACUCUCUCUCUCUUCCCCCCAAAACCCAGGAGGAUUCCUUCCCAUUCUGCCCCCACAACUUCACCAACUACUGCCCUUGUCAAGACCCAUAUAGGGAAACCCAGUUCAAUACUUCAAGAUUCUUUAACCGAGAGAGGCAUUGCCCGAAAAAGAACGAAACUUUGCGUUGUUUGGUUCGCGAUCCAGCUGGGUACAGAAGGCCAUUUUUGUGGCCUAAGAGCAGGGACUAUGCUUGGUUCAACAAUGUGCCUUUCCCAGGGCUCACUGUGUUCAAGAAAAAGCAGAAUUGGGUCCGGUUGGAAGGAGACCGCCUUUUUUUCCCCGGUGGGGGAACUUCAUUUACAAUGGGAGUUAAGGGUUACAUUAGCGAAAUGAAUCGGAUUGUGCCGUUGAAAUCAGGGAGUGUACGGACUGUUCUUGAUGUUGGUUGUGGGGUUGCAAGCUUCGGAGCUGCCCUCAUGGACUACAAUAUUUUGACAAUGUCCAUUGCACCGCGGGAUAUACAUGAAGCUCAAGUUCAGUUUGCCCUUGAAAGAGGACUCCUGGCGAUGCUUGGUAUACUUAGCAUCCACAGAUUAACAUAUCCAUCGCGAUCUUUUGAUAUGGCUCAUUGUUCAAGAUGCCUUGUACCAUGGACUGCUUAUGAUGGACUGUUCUUAAUGGAAAUCGACCGUGUUUUGCGCCCUGGUGGUUAUUGGGUAUUGUCUGGGCCACCUAUAAAUUGGAGGGCUCACUAUAAGGGUUGGGAGAGAACACCUCGGGAUCUUGAAAAUGAGCAGCAGAAUUUGGAAGAUCUUGCUAGGAAACUUUGCUGGAAAAAGAUCAAAGAGAUGGGACCAAUUGCAGUAUGGCAAAAGCCAACUAAUCACAUCCAUUGCGCUCAAAAGUUGAAGACUUGGAAAGCUCCGAAGUUCUGCGUUGAUGCUGAUCCUGAUGCUGGUUGGUACAGGAAGAUGGAUGCUUGCAUUACUCCUCUCCCAGAGGUCAAAAAUAUUCAUGAUAUAUCUGGAGGUGCUAUUGAGAAAUGGCCAAAAAGGUUGAACACUGUUCCACAGAGGAUUAGAAUUGGAGCAAUUGUUGGGGUUACCAUCAGGACCUUUAAUGAGGAUAAUCAGUUGUGGAAGAGGAGAGUUUCGUACUAUGGUAGUGUUCUCAAGUCUCUCUUUGCUGGACAAUACAGAAACAUAAUGGACAUGAAUGCUGGCAUAGGAGGUUUUGCUGCAGCACUCGUGAACUAUCCAGUUUGGGUCAUGAACGUGGUUCCUUCUGAUGCAAAAAACAACACACUUGCCAUCAUUUACGAACGUGGCCUAAUUGGAACCUACAUGAACUGGUGUGAGCCCUUCUCUACAUACCCUCGAACUUAUGAUUUAUUACAUGCUGAUGGUUUGUUUAGUAUGUAUAAUGACAAGUGUGACAUUCUUGACAUCCUCUUUGAGAUGUAUCGGAUCCUGCGGCCCCAUGGGGCCAUUGUAGUUAGAGAUCACGUUGACACGAUCAUGAAAGUGAAAGGCAUCACAGAUAGGAUGAGAUGGACUGGAAAGGUUUUACACAGCGAGCGCGGCCCUUUCCAUCCCGAGAAGAUACUUUUUAUUGACAACUCCGAAUAGCCCAAAUAUGCCAGAUAUUCGAAUUUCUUGUGAAAUUAUUGUCAACUCAGCAUUUUGAAGCUGGAAAUCGUCUCAAAGGUCAGAAACGGGCAUGUAUUGGUGAUGUGAUUGAUCUUCCCGUAUACGAUGGUUUAGCAGAAUCAGAAUGUGUUAAUGUGCAAAAACUGGGCGGGCGGAGAGAUAUUGAAUGAGAUGUAUUGAGAACAUUGGCAUGCAGUGAUUCUGGGAAUGUAAAUAAGGUUUAGUUUGUGGCUUUAAUGAUGAUUUGCUUUCUCUUCUUCACUCA